AUGGCUGGAGAACAAAAGACAUGGACCGGAAAGGCCAUCGUGGCUCGCGACACAUUGGCCAACCAGGGCUGGAAGAUGGAGGAAGUCACGGCACGAGAAAUCGGGGAGGAUGAAUUGCUUGUAGAGCUCGUGGCCUCUGGAAUCUGUCAUACCGAUAUCAUGUGUGGAUCAGGAAGCGGCAACCCAGAUCUAUUCUACUACCCCCGCGUUCUUGGUCACGAAGGCUCAGGCUAUGUGAGGGCUACAGGAGCCAAGGUUGUAGUCGCAAAGCCAGGAGAUGCUGUCCUGCUAUCAUUCGACUGGUGCGGUCAUUGCGAGUCCUGUGAAGGUGGCCUUCCUUCGCUCUGCUAUGAGAGCAUGCCACUGAACUUUGGUAACAAGGCAGCGUUUGUGUCUGCCAACUCUGAGGACGAGACGGAGAUCGCUGGCAAAUUCUUUGGUCAAUCCAGCUUUGCCCGCUAUAGCGUGGCCAAACAGAACAGCGUUGUCAAUGUGACCGACCUGGUCAAGAGUAAGGAAGAGCUGCAAGCCUUCGCGCCACUAGGCUGCGGAUUCCAAACUGGAGCCGGUACCGUUGUCAAUGUUGCAAAAGCUACACAGAAGGACUCUGUUGCCGUACUCGGUCUCGGCGGUGUUGGCCUAAGUGCAAUCAUGGCAGCAAAGCUUUCCGGCUGUAGAACUAUCGUUGGUAUCGAUCGUGUAGACAGCCGUAUGGAGCUAGCAAAGUCACUGGGCGCCACGCAUGUAAUCGAUACAUCAAAACUCCCGGAUGGAAAGAGUGUCAUCGAAGCGGUCCAAGAGAUGUGUGAGGGCGCUGGCCCCGCAAUUACCAUCGACACGACAGGUGUGCCAACUCUUGUCAAGGCUGCGAUCGAAAUGACACGCAAAGGAGGAAAAAUCAUCCAAGUCGGGUCAACGCCGCCGGACUUUCAGGUAGAGUUGCCGGCGUUCCUUUUCAUGAACAGCGGCAAGGCUUAUAUGGGGGCUAUCGAAGGCAACAGCAUAUCUUCCGAGUUCAUCCCGAAGAUGAUUCAGUGGUAUCGAGAUGGAAAGUUCCCCUUCGAUAAACUUGUCAAGCUCAUGCCAGCGGAGGAGUUCGAGAAGGGUAUCCAUGAGAUGCACACGGGCGAAACAGUGAAACCAAUCAUCACUUGGUCCUAG